AUGCUCCCCGCUGCGGCGGCUGCAGCUGCAUCUGGACUUGGUACCAACAACAAGCCGAUAUUCACGUUCACGAGACGCAAACUUCAAAUGGAGAGCCACCUCGGCCAUCGAUCAAGAACAAGCAACUUGGCAGCUAAACUGGAUGCCAUGCUGCGCAGCUCCCCUUGGAUGCGGCGCAAGGUCGUACUGCAGCCCCAAGUGAAGGGUCAGAGUCAGCGUGUUCUCUCUAAUACGUCAACGCUACGGCUGCUGGCAGGCUACUCCUCGCCCAUGGAGAAGCGGAUUAUGGCCACCUUCCAACGAUUCGUUCGGCUUUGGCGUGAGCGAAAGCGACGGUCGGAGCAGGCAGCUCUCAACAUGGUGCGACGCGAAGUCGAUGCACAGUCCUCUAAUGUGGCGAGCAUCUUAAGUCGGCGGAUGAUUGGCGAGGUGCCCGCACUCAAGUUUUUCGACGAAGAUGAACCGAUUCAUGCCGACCAAGCUUUACAUACUCGGACACUUGGCGACUUGAUGGUGUCGUCUUCGCGUGGAGGUGGCGCGCUGGGACUAUCGCCGCACCGACGAGUGACACCGCGAGGAGUUUGCUACACUCUAGACAAAUCAGGAUGUCGGCGUAUCAAAAUGCAAUCAGAGAUCACAGUGGAGAGGGCGACGGGCAAGAGCCUACGGCGGAAGAUGAUUCGGCGCGUGAAACUCAAGCAUCAAGCCAUCGGAAGGCUCAGCGACGAUUUCAAGAGGUCCAGGAAUGCGCUGACGGCAAAGCUUGGGUCUCAGUUAGCACUACGUCAGGCUGAGGGUGAACGAAUGUUCGGCAAGCGGUUGUCCUUGCUGCUAUCCAACAAUGUCGAGCUGCCGCCGCACAUGGCAGCAAAGGAGUUGGCGCUGGCCCGACUGCGAUUCAAGAAGGCGAACCUGCAGGCGAAAUGCCAAACCUUAGCAGUAUUCGGUGCU